AUGCGUGAACCAAUAUCAACUAUACCUGAUGCAACUCAAUUCGUACAAAAUCAUACAGAUGUUAACGUGACUAUAUCAUCGCAAUCAUUAACAAAUGAAUCUACGUCUUCUCAAUCUUCUAUUAACUCAACAUCAAAAUCAACAAACAGUAGCAUUGAACGUGAACCACAAACAAAUAAACAAAUAACUACUAUGAAUAAUCGAAGCCAAUCAACUAAUUCAGAACCAUCGAAUCUUUGUGUUCUAUGUCUAACAGAAGAAAAACAAUUAGCUUGUAUACCAUGUGGUCACAUGGCAACAUGUGUCGCAUGUGGCCAUUCACUGCGAUUGUGUCCAAUAUGUCGACGAGAAAUCGAUGCAUUUAUUAGAAUUUACACUUAA